AUGGCGACGGCAGGAGGAGCCGCUGCAGCCAGCGGCGAGGACAAAAGCAACGGGGGCAAGAUCCCCGUACCCGUCUUCGAUGGCACGAGCAAGACCAUGAAAAAGUACCGCCGAGAGGUCGCCACCUGGCAGAUCGGGACCGAGGUCAAGCCGCCCAAGCAGGGAACGACCUUGCUGGCCAGCCUGAAGGGCAAGGCCGAGGAGGCGUGCGAGGAGCUCGACCUGGACGCCAUCAAGGGCGACGACUCGGUGGAGGUGUUCCUGGAGUACCUCGGGAAACGCUUUCCCGAGAUCGAGGUGCUGGAGACCCCAGCGCUGCUGGAGACCUUCGUGCGCCCGGCCUGCGUCCGGCACAAGGACGAGGAUAUCCGCGACUACAACAACCGCUUCAAUGGGAUCGCCACCAAGCUGAAGGCCAAGGGCAUCCAGGUGCCCGACGAGGUCUUGGCGGACCUGUACAUCAAGGGGGCCCGCCUGCCCCCGGAGCGCGCGGCGAGCGUGCUCAACGGUGUGGGCAACCAGUUCAACCCCACCAAGAUCCAGGAGCAGUUGAUGAUCAACCUGCCCAAGGUAUCGGUCGUGGACGGCAACAAGGACAGCCACGACAAAGGAGGCUACGGAGGUCACAAUAACAAGGACCACAAGCGGGCGUACGCUACGGAGACCUACGAGGAGGAUCGUAGGGCCGAGUUCGACGGCGCGUCCUCAGACAGCUCCGACGACUACGAGGACGAGCUGCCCGACGAGCUGCAGGACGCGAUCGACGAGGACAAGCUGAAGGAGGCGAAGCAGGCGCGCGGCUACUUCGCCAAGCGCGACGGCGGCAAUCCGCCGAAGAGAGACGAUCCCAAGAUCGCCAAGAUGAAGGCAAGGACACACUGCGGCGCAUGUGGCCAGAAGAGCCAUUGGCGCGGUGACCCGCAGUGCUCGAAGAAGAACGGCCCUAACGCCAAGGCCGACAUCCCGAAGAAGGGAAGCAACAGGACGAACAUCGCCACGCACGAGACCAGCGACGCGCAGGAGCCUCACGUGGCGGAGAUGACGGUCGCGGCGAUCUAUCAGCAGGACCAGCGGGCCGCAGCUCGCGACAGGAAGUACAGCGCGCUGCGCAGCAUCGACGGGGCGCAGAUGCGCCAGGCCGCCGGGCUACCCGAAGAAGUUACGGCAGCGGCGUUCUUCAUCAACAAGGGCCACCAGUGCCUGAUGGCCGCGACGAGCUCGGCGCUGAUCUACCUCAGCGUCGAGGACCUGCUGAAGGAGUCGGGGGGCAAGCUGACCUUCGACACGGCCUGCGCGCGGUGCGUCGGCGGCCUCGACUGGUACAACGACAUCAAGAAGAGGCUGGCCGCCUUCAACAUCCAGCCCAUCGAGUACCCCGAGAAGGAGCCGUUCUGGUUCGGGGCGUCGAAGGUGGUGUUCAGCCUCAAGGCGGCGCUGAUCCCCUGUUCGGUGAACGGCAAGGCCUUCACCGUCCGCAUGAGCAUCGUGCGCAGCGCCGUGCCAGGACUGUUCAGCCGCAAGGCCCAGAGCGAGCUGGACACAGUCUACCACGCCGGAGACAACAAGCUGGACAUCAAGUCGAUCGACGAGCACGACAUCCAGAUGGGCCUGAGCCGCGCCGGACACCCGACGCUGGACAUCGCAGGCUUCACGCCGAGCUACAAGCCCGUGUCGGACGUCUCGGAUACCAAGGCCGAAAUUCGUCUCCACCCUUGCGCUUCUUACCACGCUGAGACAGCUGUGGCCAGCGCCGCCAAGCCGGUGGUGCCCGAGGCUCGCCACCAAGGGGUCGCCUCGGAGGCCGACGAGUCUCAGCCGGACACUGACUGCGACGCGCUCGAUCGCGCCGAACUGUUUGAGCAGCAGGUGCGCCAGGCCAUGAGCGCAUACAUUCCAUCCAUGCGGAUGCCGGAGCUGCAGGCCGAGGUGGCAAACUACGACUUGGAUGUGCGCGACGCCACGUGCGACCAGCUCCGGGUGAUCUUGCGUGCGCUGAGGGCCGAGGGCCGCGAGAGCACGCCGCAGGACGACUACGUCCCGGGGCUUGGCAAGAAGAACAAGGAGGAGCUCCAGCAGCUGUGCCGGGACCGCCAGAUCGAGUUCGACCAGCGCACGACCGUGCCGGAGCUCAGGCAGCGCCUCAAGGGCUGGAAGGUCGAGGACGCGGCCAGCAGUGCCUCGGCAACGGUGGCUCAUCCGAGCUCACAGAUCACCGGGGCCGACAAGAUGCGCUUCGGCAAGUACCCCACGGCGGACUACCGCUGGGUGCUCAAGAACGACCUGGGCUACGCGCAGUGGGCGGUCCUGGAGCUCAACAGCAACCAGGCAAGCCCGCUCCUGGCGCGGUUUGCCAGGUGGGUCAAGGCGCGCGGAGUGCAGCCCCUUCCCCCGGGGAAGGCCAAGACCACCUUGGAGGCAGUGAUGGCCGAGGAGGUGGUGCUAGACGACGAGUGGGUGGCGCCAGCGGCGACGACCACGAGGGCCUCAGCAAGCCAGGGGAGCUGGGCCGGGCAUCGGCGCCAGCGUCCUCCGGCGCCGCACGAGAUGGACACCAGCGACAUGGGCUUCGAGAAGGCGGGCGAGACCGACAGGGAGGAUCACCCGCGGCGGCCAGGCAUCAAGAAGGGCAAUUGCGUCGGCCUCCUCUACCAGGUCACGGGCUUGCUGAGCGCCUUCGCCUUUCAGACGGUGCUCACCGCGGACUGGCUGGCUAGACCUCUCAGGCCAGUGGCGCAGCAUGCUACCAGUGCUGCGCGAGACGUGGUCGACCACGUCCAGAACGUCAAGGAGGCCUACAGCGUUCGCAGCCACCGCGUGGGCGUCAUGCAGGUGUUCGGAGGCGAAGGCGGCAUCACCGAGGCGGCGUGGAAGCGCCAGAUGACGGCCACAGAGGUGAUCGACCGCAAGUACGGAUGGGACGUACGCAAGCAGAAGUAUCUCGACGCGACGUACGACCUGUACUACGUCUCAAGGCCGAAGUUCGUGUCAAUCGAGCUACCCUGCACCCACUACACGAACAUCACGCACCUCAACUUUCGGACGCCGCAGGCCAAGCAGGCGCUCCGGCGGAUCUGGAGGGCGGAGCGGCCGUUCCUUUUAUUGGCCCGCGACCUCUUCAAGUACCAGCUCGACUCUUGCGACAUGGCCAUGAUCGAGAACCCGGCCACCAGCCGGCUCUGGACACAGCGCGCGAUUUUGGAGCUACUGGCAGACGAGCGCGUGUACCAGGUGAGGUGCGACAUGUGCGAGUACGGAGCUCGACACUACAAGACGGGGGGACUCAUCAAGCACCCCACGAAGCUGCUCGUUGCCCACAAGGAGUUCGAGCAGCUGAAGCGCAGCUGCAGCCGCAAGCACCACGGCCAGACCUUCGGGGACAACGUGGCGGUGCGCAAGUCUGGCGUUUAUCCUGCUAAGUUCUGCAGAGCGGUGGUGCGCAUCGUGGAGCAGGUUAUUCGCCAGCAAGGUGGGCAGCGCGCCUACCAGGUGGACUGCCAGUCGCACUCGUCGCCCUUCAUCGUGACAGUGCCCAGGGAGCAGGCCACCGCCUACGUGAACGACACCGCGCCCCUGGGAGAGACGGGCGAGCCUGAUGGGGGCCCAGACCCCAUGGGCGGCGGAGACGACUUCGCCGACACUCACGACGUGCGGGCCGAAGAUACUGUGGACGGCAGGAUCGGGGUCCGCGCGAUUACCUUCACAAAGAAAGCAGCGGCCUGCUGCAAGCCAGCCGAGCUGGCCAUGCUCAAGAGACUCCAUGUCAACUUGGGCCAUCCGUCUAAUGAAGAUUUGGGCCGCAGUUUGCGACUCAAAGGCGCUAAGUCGGCCACCGUCCAGGCCGUCAAGGGGCUGAUCUGCGGGGUGUGCCGCUCGCAGCAGCGCCCGAGCGCGAGGAGACCAGCGCACCUCCACUUCGUGCAAAAUUUCGGAGACGACGUCGGCUUCGACUGUUUCGAGCUCAAGGACGUCGACGGCAAGAGCUACUGGUACUCCAGUAUCGUCGACCUGGCUACCACCUUCCACGUCGCGACGCUGAUCGGUCGCCACACCAGCCAGGAGUUCGCCGCCGCGUUCGAGAGGUGCUGGGUGUCCUGGGCGGGCGUACCGGACCGAGUCCACUUCGACAUGGAGAAGGGGUUCGGCGGCGCCCUCAGCGAGCUGUUCCAGUCAUUCAACACGGUGCAGCUGCCCAUCGCCGGUCAGGCACAUUGGCAGCUCGGUCGCGUGGAACGCCAGGGAGCUUGGUGGAAGGAGCUCGCGGCGAGGACGAUCGAGCACUCGUCGAUCAGGGGCGAGGGCGAGAUGCGGACGCUGGCCAUCAUGGUCUCGGGCGCGAAGAACUCGCUGAGAAGGCGAGCAGGCUUCAGCCCCGCGCAGUGGGUGCUGGGACGCGACCCCAAGAUGCCCGGAGACCUAGUGGACGAUACGGCCAACUACAGCGCCCACAGCCUCGCGGCCAACGACGAGAAUAUUCGCCGACGAUAUGCUAUUCGGACGGCGGCGCGCGAGUCGUUCAUGAGGAUGCAGAACGACGACCAGCUCCGGCGAGCUAUGUUGGCUCGCGCGCGCACGGUUGCGACGCCCUUGUCAGUGGGCGAGAUGUGCUACGUCUUCCGCCAGGUCAAGAAGAAGGAGCAGCGGGAGCAGCACAACCGCAACGCCAAGAAGGGCAUCUGGCGGGGGCCGUGCGUAGUCAUCGGCCACCAAGGCGAGAACACCUGGGUCUCGCUAGGAGGGCGCGCCAUGCUGGUGGCCCCGGAGCACAUCAAGGCACUCGCUCCGGACGACGUCUGGUUCCCGAACGGCAGGGGCGAGAUUGGUCAGGCCGUGGCCGAGCUCAACCGGGCUCGCGACUCGCUCGAACAGGAAGAGGCUCCGGUGGAGGACAUCCGCCCGGCGCCUGGCGAGCCCGAGGUCAAGCCAGACGAGGUGGAGCAGGCGUGGCGGGAAUUUAUCGACAACCCGGACGAGAAGCGACCUCAGGUGCUGCCCGCCGACGUGCCGCAGCAAGCUGAAGAAGAGCGAACCUACGGCCCUGACGAGUUCCGACGACGUCGAGCUACCUUCGACGGAGGGGGCAUCGGCGACUUCGGCCUGGCCUUCAAGCGCCUCCAGACCGAGAGGGAGCACGCAGGACAAGUACUGCAAACCUCCAUCGUGACCGAGAGGAUCAAGCGCAAGCAGGCCGACAAGGAGAUCCACUGGAGGGCCAUCAAGGACUCCGAUCGGGAGCUCUUCAGGGAGGCGAUCAGGGGCAUGAUCGAGCCCAGCCUCAUCCUGCCCAGCCGGUUCGUGUACCGGGACAAGAACGCCCCGCUGCGGACCGACAAGCGUCCGCUGCCGGUCAAGGCGAAGGCCCGACUCUGCGUCGGGGGUCACAUGGACCCGCGCCUCGCUCAGGGCGACCUGCGGACGGACGCGCCCACGGUCACCCGCAACUCGACCAUGCUGUUCUUCACCAUCUGCCAGAGGUUCGACCUGGAGAUCUACGCGGCGGACGUGGAGGCGGCUUUCAUGCAAGGCGACGAGCGGCCCGACCAGCAGCUGUACAUGGCCCAGCCUCGCGAAGGUCUGCCUGGGCUCAACCCGAAGCAGCUGAUCAAAAUCCUCAAGGGAGUUUUCGGGCUGGCGACGGCACCGAGACAGUGGUGGGCGAAGCUCAAGAGGACCUUGCUCGCGGUGGAAGAGAAGCUGAGCGACAACUGCGUGUUUCGCCUACACCAGCACUCGCUGGACCCAGCGCUGUACUACGGCUACGACCAGCACGGGGAGCUCUGUGCGGUGGUGGUCGCCCACGUGGACGACUUGCUGCUGGGGAUCUCGCACAAGUGCCCGGGCCUCUACGACAGGCUUCACAAGCUGUUGCCCUGGGGCGACUGGCGAGGAGUGCUACAUCUACGGCAGACCGAGUACGCGAACACCAUCGAGGAUAUUCCGCUCAGCAAGGAGCGCAAGACGGAACUGUCGUCAGAUGCUACGCCAGCUGAGUUCUCGGACAACCGCUCCGCACUCGGAGCGCUCGGGUGGCUUUCAUCGCAGACUCGUCCCGACCUGGCAGCUGGAGUGGCCAUGGGGCAGCGAACCCAGAACAAGCCCACCAUCCAGGACUUGCUCGAGACGAACAGGCUCAUCAAGCUGGCCCGGAAGCACGCGGACGUGGGUUUGGAGUUCCCUAAGUUACGUGGACCUCUUUGCCUGGUGACGUUCCACGACGCCAGUUGGGCCAACGCUGAUGAGCCAGCUGAAGGCGCCAACUCCAAGUUGCUCGCCAAGACCGUAGGAGCAACCAGUAAGGACAAGAAGAUCAAGAUUCGCUCGCAGGCCGGCUACGUGACCAGCUUGUACGAUACGAUGCACAAGGACGGUUAUUCCAAGCUCCCGUCAGAGCGGCGCCUUUUGCUUGACCGAAUGGGCCUCAAGGAGUCACUAGAAGAGGAAGUUAGCAACGAGUUCGUCGCUGACGAUCAGCGCAGCCAGCUACCUCUCUUUUGGGUUCCGACUGAUCAACAGCUCGGUGAUCAGUUCACCAAGCGAUCGGACGGCAGUGCCAUCAGGGCAGUGCUGCGAGACACACGCCUCGCUUUGCAGCAUCAAGAGCAGACUGACCAGGCCAGAGAGCAUGAGGCACACCUGACCAGUGCCGGCUUACUUUUCAAGCGCGCGGUGCGCCUGGUCUCAUUUUAG